GCCGCUGGAGACGCCUACCCGUGAUGAUUCCACCAUGUGCAACAACCCCUGUCAGCGAUGCUGUGCUCUUGCCAAGCGUGGCUUCUCAGGAAAUCUGGAGGUCACAAGUUUCAGGCUAUUCUGGAUCGGUCACAGGGCACAUAAGUCAUCGGGCUAACAACUUCAAGAGACAUCCGAAAAGGACAAAACACAUCCGCCCUUCGCCACCACCGCCGCCAAAUACUCCAUGUCCUAUUGAUUUGAUUGACUUCGGGGAUCUCCAGCCUCAGAGGUCUUUCCUAGAACUCCUGUUUAAUGGGUGCAUUCUCUUUGGGCUCGAGUUCAGCUAUGCCAUGGAAACAGCCUAUGUUACACCUGUACUGCUUCAGAUGGGGCUUCCAGACCAACUGUAUGGAAUGGUGUGGUUCAUCAGCCCUAUAUUAGGGUUCUUGCUACAGCCUUUGCUGGGGGCCUGGAGUGACAGAUGCACAUCAAGAUUUGGGAGGAGAAGACCUUUCAUUCUGGUCUUAGCAGUAGGAGCGUUGCUUGGGCUCUCGCUUAUGCUGAAUGGCAAAGAUAUGGGGAGUGCCUUGUCCGACACUGCAAAUAAUCACAAAUGGGGGAUCGUUCUUACAGUCUGUGGUGUUGUCCUCAUGGACUUCAGUGCAGAUUCAGCAGACAAUCCUAGUCAUGCCUACAUGAUGGAUGUAUGCAGCCCAGUGGAUCAAGACAGGGGCCUCAACAUCCACGCUUUGUUAGCAGGUCUUGGAGGUGGCUUUGGUUAUGUUGUUGGAGGAAUACACUGGGAUAAAACCAGUUUUGGGAAAGCUGUGGGAGGGCAACUUCGUGUCAUCUAUGUCUUCACCUCAGUUAUACUGACUAUCACAACUGUGCUGACUCUAAUUAGCAUUCCAGAAAGACCCUUACGGACCUUUAGCAGGAAGAAAAAGGUGAUGAAGAGUCCAAGUCUUCCUCUCCCUCCUUCUCCACCUCUCUUCUUUGAGGAGGGUGUAAAUGAAAACUUUGCUUCUCAUAGCUCAGCUCGCUUAUAUGCAAGUUUUACGAGUCCCGUUUCCCCCCUCAGCCCACUCACACCCAAAUAUGGCAGUUUUAUCAGCAGAGACAAUUCCUUGACAGGAAUUAACGAGUUUGCGUCAUCAUUUGGGACUUCAAAUAUUGACAGUGUGCUUAUAGACUGUUUUACAGGCGGGCACAAUAGCUACUUAGCACUUCCAGCUAGCUUGCCCAGGCAGCCUGUCAGCGUCAGCUUUCCUCGGGUGCCUGAUGGCUGUUACCAAGGAGAAAAUGGAGUUCUGGAGCAAGGGGAGAGCAGCAUAACGCCAGGGCCUGAUGGUGAGGCGCUAAGGGUGGGCUCGCUGGAUGCGAUAAAGCCACGGUCAUCAGGGAUCCUGAAAAGACCUCAGACCUUGGCCAUUCCAGAUAUUGUAACGGGACACUGUCCAGAAAAUAGCAGAAGAAGAAACGUAACCUUCAGCCAGCAGGUUGCUAAUAUCUUGCUGAAUGGUGUUAAGUAUGAGAGCGAGCUGAAUGGAUCAGGCGAGACCUCUGAGCAGCCACUCUCCGUGAAACAACUUUGUUCGAUGAUCUGCCAGAUGCCCAAGGCUCUUCGUAACCUCUGCAUCAACCACUUCCUAGGAUGGCUUUCGUUUGAGGGGAUGUUACUCUUCUAUACCGACUUCAUGGGAGAAGUAGUGUUUCAAGGGAAUCCGAAAGCGCCUCACAACUCAGAUGAGUAUCAGAAGUACAACGCUGGGGUCACCAUGGGCUGCUGGGGAAUGUGCAUCUAUGCAUUCAGUGCUGCUGUCUAUUCAGCCAUGCUGGAGAAGCUGGAGGAGCGGUUCAGCACACGAACGCUGUACUUUGUGGCCUAUUUGGCCUUCGGGCUGGGCACGGGGCUGGCCACGCUCUCCAGAAACGUCUACCUGGUGCUGUCACUGUGCGCUACCUACGGCAUCCUCUUCGCCACGCUCUGCACACUGCCCUACUCUCUGCUCUGUGACUACUACCAGAGCCGCGAGUUCAUAGGCUCGCAGGUGGAGGGCACACGGCGUGGGAUGGGCGUUGACAUUUCCCUGCUGAGCUGCCAGUACUUCCUGGCGCAGAUCCUCGUGGCCUUGGCCAUGGGGCCGCUGACGGCAGCUGUGGGCAGCGCCAGUGGAGCCAUGUACUUCGCCAGCCUGGUGUCCUUCCUGGGCUGUCUCUUCUCCUCCCUCUGCGUCACCUACGAGUCGCCGCCCGCCGAGGAGCUGCUGCCUGCCGAGGAGCAGCGCCCGCUCUUGCCCCAUGCGCGGAACGAAUAAAUGGGAGAAGCCGCCACAGCCUCCGCUCCUCAUUGUGUCGCCCUCACCCUCCGCGGCGUGGUGGGCUCAUGCGCCCCUGGGACGGCAGCAGUGGGCACAGCAAACGGCGAGAAGGUCUGCGCUGGCUUCACUGAGCUUUCCCCUGCUCGUGGGAGGAUGAGGGGCGAGUUGGUGGCGCCCGGCACCGCUCAUCCUUCCCCUGAGGCAGCAAAGGCCUGUCUGUGCCCCCGGGGCCAGAGCAACAGGGAGCGGUGGAGUCAGCAUGGGACCAUUCCCUCCAGCUGCCCCACGGUGCCGUCAUUCCCAGGGUGAGGUGGGGGGGAAGAGCAGCGUUGUCUCGCCUGAGGCAGGUGACCGGGAAGUCUGGUGCCUGGGUAGAGCUACCACAAUCUCUGGAGCGGCAGCGAGCUGCAGGGCUCCACACGCCGCUGCUGGCACUGCCACUGUCGGAGCACUGGGGCUGUGGCUCUCCGCCAGCUUCGUGGACAGAAGGUUCCAUCUCACGUCCGGGCAGAGCGCCCCGGUCCUUGGUCGCCGAGGGCAGCAGUGACUCCUGCGAGGCCUUGAGGAGCGGCGGGGCUUACCUGCGGGUCCCGGCCUCUGCCUGUGGUAGGCCUGGCUCUGGAGGGUGCUUUUCAAAACUUUGGAAAGGCUGAGAGCGACUGAUCUUGCUCGGGUGGCCUAAGUACUCUGUCAGGUGCCACGGCCGGGCUACUGGGUGUGCAGAGCUCCCACCAGCAGAAGUGCUCCAAGAACUGCUCCGGGGUGAAACUGCAGUGGGCUGGCUCCCAAACCCUGCUCUGUAGGUUCUGGCUGCGGUCCAUGGUGAUGGUUGCCAAUAUGUGCAUAUUUCCUUCCACGCUGGACUUUUAACUAAGACUGUAAGGGCUUCUGAUGACUUAGCAGGAGGAUGGGCAGUUGUCUGUAACCCAGCUUUGGGGAGAAGGGCCUUUUUGCAUCAGCUUCCCUUGGGUAGAAGCUUACUCUGAAAGUUAAGUUGAGAAUUUAAGAAAAAUAAUUUGUGUGAAAGCCUGCAGCACCUCAUCCUUGUUUUUUAUACAGUUGUACCUUGUAACAUUUUAAAAUCUGCAUGGACAUCAGUAAUUAAGUACUUGUUAGCUAGAGCUGCAUCUUCCAUAUCUCACUGAAACUAGUAAAUGGGCUUUGGGUUUCAUUAUCUGUGAGAAUUCUUAAUUACUUUGAUUUUGGAAGGUGGUAAAUGUGUGAGAUCUCGUACAAGUUCCAGUUAAGCCCAGGAGUCUUUUAAGUCUUGAGAGCAAAGAUGAAAAUGGAAAUAAAGCCAUUUCUAGGAUUUCUGUCAGCCUGCCUCCGUAUUUGGGUAGGCAGCCAAGGUUUACCAAGGCUGAUGGGCAUUUUGAUGUUCAUGUGUGCUGUGCACGGCAUUGCUGUAGAGGUUAUUUUUGCUCGCCUGGUCACUCCUCUUAAAUGAAUUGUACUUGACUGGUUCACCGAAGUUUAUUCUGAUGCUUGAUCUGUGAUGCCAAGAUGAAAUAACUUGUGUAAUCUUUAGGUGUUGUGGCUUACUAGACUCCAGUGCUAAAAGCAUAACGCGCAACUUGUAAGAACCUCUCGUUUUUAUCAUCUGCCCCGAGUAUUACUUUUUUUUAUUUGAGAAGCAAGUUUCGUGCUACUCGGUAUUUACUUAAAUGGAGGAACACUACUGAAGUUAUGAAGUCAAGCACUCAGACGUAAAGGACUGUUAAGAUUGAUGAGUCUAUUCAUCUUUCUUUUCUUUGUUUGGGCUUACGUAGUGUAGCCCAUAUCUGCAGGAAAAUCUGUGACGUGCUGUUUCCUUGAUUAUGGGACAGCUGUCUACAAGAAUGUUCAGGAUGAAGCUGGAACAAAAUAGCAUGAGAAAUUGUAUAUUUAGCACUUCUGAUUUCUGACAAUGUAAAGACUUGACUUUGGAGAGUUUUUCUUUUCUUGUUGGUCUGCUGUGUAAUCUUAAUUUCUCUUCCUUAUCUUACUGAACUCAUAAACUAAAAAAGGAUUUUUUUCUUGGUCCCACUAGCUAAUGCGGCACUAGUUCCUAAAAUGUUUUCUUCUCUUAAGUUUUGUAGCCAGCAUUAUUGCACCAAGUGGAUCAUGAGCACUUUCCUUUUCUAGGUAGCUGGAGUUGCAGAUCAUUUUGUUGCAAGCGAGGAUCUU